UCUCAAAAGCUGGCAGUCUGAGAACCUUGUUCCCUGAGGUGCGACUGGACUCAGAUCCUGCUGUUCUAUUGCAGAGCAACACAGCUGCCCACCUUAAAACUUAAUACUGAGUGACUUCAGCUACAACCACAUUGGCUGGAUAACGGCAUGCUGGAGUCUUGCUACAGAAACAGUUUCUAGACAUAAAUGACUACGCAUUGGAUAAGCUGGGUGAAAUUGGAUGAUGCAAAGCUGAAUUGUUCAAGAGGGCAUUUUACUCAGAUAGGAGGGCUCUACUCUAAGCAAGUGGUCUCAAACAGAUGCAGCUGUAAAGGGGUAGGGACUAUCGACUUUACUACUGCGUACUGCUUUUUGCUCCUUCCGCCCAGGUGCCAGCCAAGCUCUGCUGUCAGGAUUGUGGACGGGUGGGGGUGCUGUCCCCGGAGGAAUGCCAUGGGAGAGCCUCUCUGCCGCCCCUUGCAGUGUGAAAGGAGCCGCGGAACUGCACUGCUGAGUCGCCGUGCCGGCCAACGAGGACUUGGAGGAGGCCUGGCAGCGGAGCUCGAGUCCUAGCCCGUGAUGGUGGGAGCCAUUCCUCGGCAGCCACGCCGCUUCUGGGGAGUGCCGGGGUGGCUGGUGUCGCCAGUGAGCUCCACCAGUAGGCACCUGCUGCUGUGCCCGGAGAGCAAGACGGCUACGCAAGGGGAUUGGUUGCAGAGGGAUGUGGCCACGCGGCAGGCUCCGUAACAGGGGGCUCACCCGGGCUUCCUAAUCCCACGGCACUUUAGCGCCUGUCCUCUCUGCCACGCCCCAUGCGGCAUAUCAAUGCGGAGGCAGGCCUCCCCCAGGAGUGCAGUACAGGGACGAGCCAGGAGGAAGAGGAGGAGGAAGAGGAGGACCCCCGCCCCUGGCGUCAGCACCAUGGGGUCCUGAUGGGCUGCGGCCCUCCUGAGCUCACGUGCCAGAAGGUCUACCAGGUCUCCAUCUUCUCCCAGCUGGCCGGCUGUUCCCACCCGCCAGAGCAGAGGGCCCCCGGUCGGCAGCCCAUCAAGCGGGCCUGCCCAGAGCCCCAGAGGGUGCCCGAGGGGGAGUGGGACGCCAAGAGAGGCCACUGGGAGGGGGACGAUGCCAUUGAAGAUGGCCUUGUGGUGGACGACCUGGCCCUGGGGGGUGCAGCGCAGCAUUUCUCCCACAGCGGCCUUCGGGUGGUGGAGCACCGGCGGGAGGGGAGCCCGGGCCGCUGUGCUCACAGGGAGGAUGGUCGUACGAGGGCGAAAGGGAGCAUUGCCCCAGCGCCGCCGCCGCCGCCGCCACACACACCUUGCAGCACUUUGCACACAAUGGACUGCGCCCCUGCUUUGCUGGGGGAUCGCCCCAUGGACUCCGGCCCGGCCGGGAGGCAGGAAGCGAAUGGGGCCCAGCAGGCCGAGAGGGCGGGCAGCCAGCAUUUCCUACUUGACCCUGAUUUGCACAGUCUUGCACAACGCUCCCCGCGGGGCGAGCGCCUGGCAGCGGGCGGGCACACAGAGCCUGCCACUCCACCCGUGACCCCGGGCGGCCCUGAGGCAGGUGGGCCAGGCUCCUCUGAGAAGACCCCUUGCUCAAGCGCCUGGCUUUCUGGAAGCAGCGCCGGCAGCUGCCCAGUCAAGCGGAAGCUGUUGCCCUCUGCGGAGGGGACAACUGACACCGGCUCGGAGGAUGAGGGCCUGUCGCCGGCGCGGAAGAAGAGGGCAUUGCAGUGCCCAGCUGUGCCAGCUUCCUGCCGCAGCACUGAUGCCAAGGGAGCCCCUUUCUGGAACCACUUGCUUCCGGCAGCCAAGGGCUCUGCAAGCAGCACUGCUGUGGGCCGUCACCUGAAGACCGGCUUGCGUCUCAAACAGCGACCUCUCCGCAGCGGUUUCCGCCGGAGCCCGGCAGGCAGCAGGCUUCCCCCCCCUGCACCGUGGGCCACGACCUCCACCAGCCGGGCCCUUCUGGGGAACUUCGAGGAGUCCAUGCUGAAGGGGCGCUUCCCACCAUCGGGCCGGAUUGAAGGCUUCACUGCCGAGAUCGGGGCCAGCGGCUCCUACUGCCCACAGCAUGCCACCCUGCCUGUGGAGGUCACCUAUUUCGACAUCACGGAGCACAGUGCACCCUCGCCCUUCUUGGGAGUCAUUAAUUUGGAUGCCUUGGGAAAGAAGGGUUACAGCAUCCCCAAAACGGGCACCAUCCAAGUGACCUUAUUCAACCCCAACAAGACCGUGGUGAAGAUGUUCCUGGUGACCUACGACUUCCACGACAUGCCUGCCAACCACGUCACCUUCCUGCGCCACCGCAUAUUCCUGGUGCCCGUGGGUGAGGAGCAGGGGUCCAGCUUGCCCCUUGGCGGGCUGCCCAGGAGAGUCCUUUGCUAUCUGAUGCACCUGAGGUUCCACAGCUCCAAGUCUGGAAAGAUUUACCUGCACGACGACAUCCGCCUGCUGUUCUCACGCAAGUCGAUCGAGAUUGAUUCGGGGAUCCCCUACGAGCUGAAGUCCUUCACGGAGUCGCCACGCAACCCCUGCUAUUCGCCACGAGCCUGAGUGGGGAAGAGAUGUGCUUGGCCAGAGACAGAAAGGAACCCGAACCCUCGCCCCCUUCUUCCUAUGUGGUGCAGUGGGCCCUGGACAAGGAGCACAGGGGCUCCAUGUGGCUGGGAGAGUUUGCCGUGGACUGAGCGGCGUGCUUAGUAUUUAUUGCCAUGGCUGGGCUGGAGGGAGGCCUCUGCCCCGCCUGGACUACAAAUGCAGUUGUCUUGAGUGCUAGUUCUGGUGCCCUGUGCAGCUUUGAUGGAGUGGCAGGGUGUGGGAAGGUGGGGGGCGCGGGGGGGAGAAGCUUGCGUUGAGGGAAGGACUUGGGUGCCACAGAGGGCAUCUCAAGGGGGCGACUGUAGAGCCGGGGCUGGGAGGGAGGAGCCUCUUCACACAAAACUUGCAUCUGGCUGGGAGGCCCUCUGCUUCUCCAAGGUCUAGGGAGGAAGGGGGUCAUUUUCCUUUUAGACUGUCAUCUCCCCUAGAGCAGCAAUGGCCCUGGGCAGAGCUGGAGGCCUGGCAGACGAGGCUGGGCGGUUAUUUAGAGCACUGGGAAGUCCACAGGCUCUUCCAAAGGUGUUUGGGGCCGGGAGGGGGGUGGCGAGGGAAGUGACUGAUGUGCAGCUGGUAGAGAAAGUCUGUACGUGGGUACGAAGGACGGCUCCAGCUUCACUGUGGGCACUCGUGGCUCAGCCACAGCUGCAAGGGGCCCGUGGAGGAAGGGGUGAGGCAUGGCGCUGCCUCUCUCCCACCCCCCAUGCUGCCUGGCCAGGCUUCACCUCGCUGGGUCCAGUUGUGCAAAGGCCGCCGCAGAGGCAAGGGCCACGUGCCCACGUAGCUGUCAGAUUAUCCUCCCCCCUCCAUUCCUCCCCCCCCCCACGCUGUGACCUGGAGGGAGGGAAGCUUGCCUCGUGCAAAAGCAGCAGGAGAGGUUGGGGCGGCAGGACCAAGGCAAUGGAGCUGGGGACAGGGUUAUGCUUCGGCAGUGCCCCAUCUCUGCCGAAGAGAGAAAUGGUGCCAAACUGAGGGGUGGGGGUGGGGGGGUGAGCAGAGUGGGGGCUGAUGUGGCGUUUCUGCAUGGGAAGGGGUCUCCUCCCAGAUACUGUUUGUGGGUGAUGUAUAGGAUCAACCCGUGGCCCCAACACCCCCCAUUCCAUUCCAGCAGGAAAGGGGGGAGGGUAGUGGCUGGAGAUUUUUGUCUUUUGGUGGAAAACAAAAACCGACAGCCUUGUGUCUGUGAUGAAGGGUUGUGGCUGGACGGGGGUGGGGGGUGGGUCACUUCUUGCCCCCCAGGACCAUCAGUCUCCAUGCACGUUUUGAUCGUUGUGACGCCUUGUGUGCUGAGGCAGCAGGGUGGGAGCCGAAGGGCAACAGUUGUCGACACUUGAAGAUAUUUAUAAGAGGAUGGCACCUCCUUCCUUUUUGAAAAAAAGCAAAUUCUAUAAAUGUGUGUUUGAAAACAGA